CGUUGGCCCAUUAAGGCCCAAAUAAGUAAAACUGUCGUCGUGUGUCUAGCAGCCGCUGUGUCAUCGUGGAACUCCCAUUUUCUCUCUUUUACUUCUUCGUUCCCAAACUCUUCUCCCUCGAUCGUCUCCGUCGCCGAUCUCGUUGCUUCAUUUUCCGCGAGUUGAUUGGUACAAAGCGUUAAUCAAAUGGUUGGAGGAGGACUUAUCCAGCAAAUUCUUAGGAGGAAGCUUCACUCUCAAUCAGUUGCAACUCCGGUUUUGUCUUGGUUUUCUUCGAAGAAAGCUCAUGAGGAUGCUGGCUCUUCUGGUGUAAGAGCACUUGCCCUAUUUGGUGCUGGUGUUACAGGCCUGUUGAGUUUUUCUACAGUUGCGUCUGCUGAUGAAGCUGAACAUGGAUUGGAGUGUCCAGAUUACCCUUGGCCUCAUGAUGGCAUUCUCAGCUCAUAUGACCAUGCUUCGAUCCGUCGUGGACAUCAAGUUUAUCAGCAAGUCUGUGCAUCUUGCCAUUCAAUGUCUCUGAUCUCAUACCGAGAUUUGGUGGGUGUCGCCUACACUGAGGAAGAGGCAAAGGCAAUGGCAGCUGAAAUCGAGGUAGUAGAUGGACCUAAUGAUGAGGGUGAGAUGUUCACCCGUCCUGGUAAAGUCAGUGACCGGUUUCCUCAGCCAUAUUCGAAUGAAUCAGCUGCAAGGUUUGCUAAUGGUGGAGCAUAUCCUCCUGAUCUAAGUCUUAUAACUAAGGCACGUCACAACGGUCCUAAUUAUGUCUUUGCUCUUCUGACUGGUUACCGUGAUCCUCCUGCUGGCAUUUCGAUUAGAGAAGGGUUACACUACAAUCCUUAUUUCCCUGGGGGAGCAAUUGCUAUGCCGAAAAUGCUCAAUGAUGAAGCUGUUGAGUAUGAGGAUGGUGUCCCCGCCACAGAGGCACAGAUGGGUAAAGAUAUUGUAUCAUUCUUGGCCUGGGCAGCUGAACCAGAAAUGGAAGAGAGGAAAUUGAUGGGUUUCAAAUGGAUAUUCCUACUAUCUCUUGCUCUGCUCCAAGCAGCCUAUUACAGGCGACUGAAAUGGUCGGUUCUCAAGUCCCGCAAGCUGGUUCUUGACGUGGUUAACUAAAGUGCAGCUGAAAAGCUUUUGCAUUGGCCUGGCCACACACAGUCGUAUUUUCAACAAUGCAUGUUAAAUAGAGAAGAGCCUUUCUCUGGGUAAUAACGUAUCAUCAUUUUUAUGUGUCAUAAAAAUCUUUGAUGAGACCAGUUCUCACCUGACGGGUGAAAAGACCUCGUCGUUCUUCUUUUUCCUUCGAUUAUUACUUAGAGAGUUUUAUGAGGAUAAUCACGAAAACUUGUUUUUUUCGCCUCAUAAUAAUCACACAUGAUUUUGAGAUCAUAUCAUUUGUUAUGUUUUUUCGCUCGUCUCAAUAAAGAAUAACUUUGUACUCUGAUA